GAGAGAGAGAGAGAGAGAGAGAGAGAGAGAGAGAGAUGGCGGGUGGUGGUGGUAAGGAGGCAUUGGCAGUGUGCAGUAACAAGAGCUUGGGAAUAGGAAUAACAAUGUGGGACAUAGAAAGUGGGGACCAUCUUCUUCACCUACCAACCUGUGCUUCAUUACCUCAUGGACUCACCUGUUUGGGGAACCAGUGCCUUGCGGCUUCCCAGAUACACAGGCAGGGUUCAGUUGCUGGUGGGGUCAUCUUUAUUUGGCCCUUCAAUAAGUCUCAAGCAACCAUCCGGAGCUACCCAAUAGAGGCCAUUGGACCACUAGCAAGCACAAAGGAUGGCUUAUAUCUUGUCGGCGGAGCUCCUUCUGGAAAUGGUUAUGUUUGGGAGGUCUCAUGUGGGAGGUUGCUCAGGACUUGGUGCGUGCAUCAUAAGUCACUAACGUGCUUGUCAUUUUCUGGUGAUGAUUCUUUUCUUAUUUCUGGUUCAGUAGAUGGCACGAUCGUUGUCUGGCCUAUGAUAGGUUUGCUAGAUGAGGCAGAUUGUUGGAACUCGCCUUCUCUGUUGAAUUUCUCGUCAGAGCAUUCUGCCUCAGUGACCAGUAUAUUGACAACAUUAAGCAGCUCGAGUUCUUUUUUUGUGUCUAGCUCCCUUGAUGGCACAUGCAAGGUAUGGGACCUAGUAACAGGAAAGCUGUUGCAGAAUCUAGCUUUUCCGCUGCCCAUAACUGCAAGUGUUCUUGAUCCAGCAGAAAAUAUGUUGUUUUCUGGAAGUGCAGAUGGGAGAAUUUUCAUGAGCAUGCUGGAUGUUGGACUAGUGGAAGAUUCGUCUAUUGUUUCAGAGGAUGAACCAUUUGUGCUGAAGGGACACAACGGAUCUAUAACUGCUUUGGUAUUCUGUGGAGCGGGUCUGAUAUCUGCAUCUGAGGACUGUACUGCCUGCCUUUGGGAUGUCGUAAAUUGUGCAAUCGUCCGAAUAUUCUGCCAUCGACGAGGCCCCAUUACUAAUUUGGUUGUGAUCCCGCAAUCAUCACUGCUCCCGAGGAUGAACCAUCACAGAGCCACUAAUCGCGUCCAAGUGUCCAUGCUUGAUAAGUAUCCUAAGCCAGUGGAUUCCUCCAAAGGAGUGCUUACUUUCCUACCGUCACAUUCUUCCGAAAGAGAUCACAGUAUUGCCUCGGAGUUUCAAAACACCAAUUUACUGAAACAACAGAUUCUUGAUUUGGAGAAUGGGGGGACACCGGCAGCUAUCCAAAUGAUGGUGGAAACGAGCAUAGAGAGUCAAGCUUGGGCCGCGAGAAUGACAAAACAUGUAAUGGAGAUGAACAAGCAUUUACAGUCGCGAUUGCUCGACAUGAUGCAAUGCCGAUUACUGCAGGACCCUCCCGAUGCUAGUAGCUCAGCCGCGAUUCGAAAGAGAAAGAAGACCAAUUUCGAAAGUUUGUCGUUGCGAGGGGAGGAACAGUCACAGCCAGAAUCACAAGGUUCUUAAUUGGCUUGUAAGUUGGAAUUCCUUUUCUGAGUUUCCCCUACCAUAUGCAAAAAUAUUUGAGAUCAAACUCAGUUAUGCAAGGUUGUAAACAGUGGUGGAGUCAGGAUUCAGACGCGGGGUGGCACUGUUGAUUGGAAUUCCUUUUCUGUGUUUCCUUU